GGCACUUAUGACUCUUCGGCCAAGAAAUGUCAUGACAACGACUGCCUGCGCUCAAUUCGCAUCCGACCAUUGACCGUGCCCAACCCAGUCGACGCCCACCGAGGGAUCCACACGGCAGAAAACAACGAAAAUGGCUCCAGAAGGUCGUGGUGCCCCUCGAGGCAGAGGCCGUGGCAGAGGUCGCGGAGGUCGCGGCGGUCGAGGAGGGGCAGCAGCAACUGCUGCUGCUGCUGCUGCUGCUCCAAGCAGUGGUAUUCAAGAUGCGCAGGCCGGAAGUGCGUCCUCAGCCCCGGCGCCAGCCCCAGACACGAAGCCGCCCGUCCAGGACAGCGGCGCUGAUGCCUCCAACUCUCAAGCGACUCCAGCGCCCGGCGCCAGCACGACGAAACCAGCGCCAGCAGCCAGGCCAGCCGCUGCGACCCGAGGCAGCGGCUCUGGGUUUGGCAAGUUUCUCCCCAGAGCUGUGCGGCGGUCACAACUGGACAGAGAGGCGAUCGCCCAAAAGGAGACGCAGAAACUCGAGGACAAGGCCGCCCAAGAUGCGCGCAUGAAGCGCGCGGCACGGGGCCGAGGCGGAAGGCGCGCUCGGGGUGGGCCCGCGGGCGGUUUCCAAGACCGCGUCAUCAGGGGCGGUGCUGGAGGUUUUGGGUCGAUGAUUGAAGCGACUAGCUCGCGAGGGGGUUCGGGCGGAUUCGGACGAUUAUACGACUACGGCGGCGGAGGCGGAGGCGGAGGAGGAGGCGGCGGCGGCUCGGGUGGUGGUGGCUGGUCCGGCGGUGUCAAAUCAGAAGGGGGCCAGGGCUUCAGCGGCGAGUCGAGUCGACCAACUGGCAGGCGUAUGAACACGGACAAGAUCGUUGAGUACGUUGUCAUCGAAGAUGAGGAGCAGCAAGUCAAGAGCAAGGAGGGCACACCAGUAUUGCUGCCCAAGGGUAUGCAGCGCCAAGAACCAAAAGAGCCGGAUCAACCAGAAGUUGCGACCGCGGAGGAAGUCGAGGCUGCAGACAGGGGAGAGGACGUGGUGCACAUCUCGUCGGGCGACGCCUCAGAAGAUGACGAUAUCUUCCUCAACGAAAACGAUGUGGAGAUGAAAGACGACGACCGGAAGUGGCCAGGCGCGAAACCAAGCCGUCGCGUUAAGAUCGAAGGCGAGGAGGUGAACGAGAUCGACACUCUGACAACGAAAAAGGCGAUCAAGAAGGCCGAGGAGAAGGCCAAAGCACUCAAGAAGAAAUACAAGGAUCCGGAAGACCAGCUUGCCGCAGAGAACCUGGCCUUUCAACGGCGGCUGUUCGGCGUCUCAAGCGGAGAAGAGGACGGCGACUCGGAUGUGCAAGAGACCAAGCCCCCUCGGAAAGCCGCAAUUAUCGACGGAAACCUCUACAUGUUCCAGUUCCCACCACUGCUACCACCACUCCACACUGUCGAGCGAGCUCAACAGCCACAAGGCCCCGUUAAGAACGAGCCCAGCGACGACGUAGUCAUGCUCGACGCACCAGCCCACAGCGCAGACAAACCAGUCGACCUCACCGCCAACGACGACGCCAACGUCAAGCAGCAAGGCGGCGCCGACGACCAGGCGCCGCGGGAGCCCGAGGGCCAGCCAGAAGGGUUUGUCGGCCGGCUCAUCAUCCGCAAGUCGGGCAAAAUGCAAAUCGACUACGGCGGCAUGCUGUUCGAUUGCGAGUCCGGCAUCCCCGUCGAGUUCCUGCGCACGGCCGUCCUCACCGAGAUGGACGAUGAGAAGAAGCCCGACGGCUACGCCGGCACCGCGUACGGCAUGGGUCAGAUCACGGGCAAGUUCGUCGCGGUGCCCAGGUGGAGCGAGGAGGACGAGUGGAACGUCGGCCCGGACGAGCUCCCACCCAACGGCGUCGGCGCGGCCGAGGAGGACGGUGCGGGUGCGGCUUAGAAGGCCGGCCGCCCUGCUGCCCCCUUCCUGCGCGGGCGUGGAGCCAGCUCUGCGGGGAAGAAGCCGCGCACGAGACUGCCAUCUAGGGCGCCGCGCCGCCGGCGCUGAUGGCCACGGUGCCCAGCCCACGACAAUAUUGAGGGAGGAGGAAAGGAAUCAUGUUGUACGAUUUUCGCGGGAAGGAGUUAGCUGGACUGAGAUCCAGGCUUUCAGGGGGCAACUCGAUGUUUCGGAGGUCAAUUGCAUCAAGCAGGCGUUUGGUUGGACUGCACAGAACCCAGGACACGGUAGAGGUGCAUGGCCGGGAAGGUGUAUUAUUUUUGUAGGGUGGCCCGAGCAAGUACCAAGGACGAAAUUCGUCAAGACGCAACUAGAGGACAUUACCCUAGGGUAUCCAUCACAUUACAAAGUGCAGCAACAUGAAUAUAUGCGAAUUCAGGAUUGGUGGGGAGGCACCAUAGUCUCGUCC